UUCCCAAUUUGCAAUAUUUAUUAAACAAAUAAAAUAUUAAAAUAAAAAUCUGGCUGAUGUAAGUUUCUAUUAGAAGAAAGAUAUAAAUAAAUAAUAGCCACUAUAUUCUAUCGUCAACUAUGAACCAUAAAGCUUAACCGUGUUAUUCUCCUUCAAUCAUAAUAAAACAUCAUCUCCUCCUUUAAAUCUCUCUUCCCAUCGUCAUAUAGAAGAAUACAUUAAUACACUAAAACGAAGAUGGUGAAACUCUGUGAGCUGUGUGGUGCAGAAGCACACCUCCACUGCGACGCAGACUCCGCUUACCUCUGCCGCUCCUGCGACGUUAAGUUUCACGCCUCUAACUUCCUUUUUUCCCGCCAUGUCCGCCGCGCCAUCUGCCCUGGUUGCAGUUCCCUCACUGGAGAUAUCGUCUCUGGUUCUCUUUCCCCUUGGCCUGCUAAAAUAACCUGCUCCUGCUGUGGAACGUCUUCGUCUUCGGCUUCGUCUUGCUGCUCCGAGCUAUCGUCGUCGACGACGAGGAAGACUAUCGUGAACAGAGGGCCGCGAAGGAGGGAAAAGGGAGUCAAUGCCGUGGCGGAUGGCAUUUUUGUAAAUUGGUGUGAUGAGUUAGGACUAAACGGAGAUUCGAAAAACGAAGUCGUUUCGUUGGCGUCUCUCGCUCUGGCCGUGUGGAAAACAAGAGGGACGAAGGUGAUUUUAGCAGCUGCGUUUUGGUUCGGUGUUAGGAACGCGCGGAAGACGAUGACGUGUCCGAGGCUAAAGAAGGUGGAAGAUGUAACCGGAGUUGCAGCAGGAAUGAUUCGAGCCGGCGAAGGCAAGCUGGCGCGUGCAGUGACGCUACAGCUCAGACGGUGUCGCGUGGAUUCAGAGGAAGGAUGGGCCGAAAACGACAACGUUUGAGGCGUGGGGGUCCUGCGUUGCACCUGGGCUUUAGUGAUAGUGAUACAAGUUGCAUGUAUCAUCGAUCGACGUGUUGAUUUUUAUUUCCAAACGUUUUAAAUGGUUUUGAACCGCCGCGUGAGAUGAUAGAAAUUUCUUUGUAGAGUGGAGAAGACUACUAAAGUAGUGGUUAUUAUAAUAUUCAAGCUUAGAUAAAGAAACAAAAAACUUAUAAUA